CCCGCGCGCGCGCCGGGGACGCGGGGCCACACCUGGGCGCCACCGCCGGGUGCCCGGCGCGCCCGCAUGGGCCGGCGCUGAGGGCCCGGGCCGAGCGUCCCGCGCGCGGAGUCGGCGCCCACCCGCCCAGGGGGGGGGGCUCAGACCUGGGGGGGCUGGCGCCCCCCAAACUCGGAUCGGAUCCAAGCGGAGCGAGAAGGCGCCAUGGAGCUCCGAGCCCUGCUCUGCUGGGCUUCGCUCGCGGCCGCUUUGGAAGAGACCCUGCUAAACACAAAGCUGGAAACGGCCGACCUGAAGUGGGUGACGUACCCCCAGGUAGAAGGGCAGUGGGAGGAGCUGAGCGGCCUGGACGAGGAGCAGCACAGCGUGCGGACCUAUGAGGUGUGUGACGUGGCGCGGCCGCCGGGUGUGCAGCACUGGCUGCGCACCAGCUGGGUGCCCCGGCGCGGUGCCGUUAACGUGUAUGCCACGCUGCGCUUCACCAUGCUCGAGUGCCUGUCCCUGCCCCACGCCAGCCGCUCUUGCAAGGAGACCUUCACCGUCUUCUACUUCGAGAGCGACGCCGACACGGCCACGGCCCUCACGCCCGCCUGGAUGGAGAACCCCUACAUCAAGGUGGACACAGUAGCAGCUGAGCACCUGACUCGGAAGCGGCCCGGGGCCGAGGCCACGGGGAAGGUGAACAUCAAGACCCUGCGGCUGGGCCCCCUCACCAAGGCCGGCUUCUACCUGGCCUUCCAGGACCAGGGCGCCUGCAUGGCCCUGCUCUCCCUGCACCUCUUCUACAAGAAGUGCGCCCAGCGGACCAUGAACCUCACCCACUUCCCGGAGACCGUGCCCGGGGAUAUGGUGGUGCCCGUGGCCGGCAGCUGUGUGGCCGAUGCCAUCCCGCCACCCGGGCACAGUCCCAGCCUCUACUGUCGGGAGGAUGGCCAGUGGACUGGACAGCCGGUCACAGGCUGCAGCUGUGCUCCUGGAUUCGAGGCCGCUGACGGGAAUGCCAAAUGUCGAGCCUGUGCCCAGGGCACCUUCAAGCCCCUGCCUGGGGAGGGACCCUGCCAGCCAUGCCCAGCCAACAGCCACUCCAACGCCAUUGGCUCCUCCAUCUGCCAGUGUCGCAUCGGGUACUUCCGGGCUCGCACAGACCCCCCGAGUGCACCUUGUACCACGCCCCCCUCCGCCCCCAGAAGCGUGGUGUCCCGCCUCAACGGCUCUGCGCUGCGGCUGGAGUGGAGCGCGCCCCUGGAGUCCGGCGGCCGUGGGGACCUCACCUACGCGCUGCGCUGCCGCGAGUGCCGGCCGGGGGGCUCCUGCGCGCCCUGUGGGGGCGACCUGACCUUCGACCCCGGACCCCGGAACCUGGUGGAGCCCUGGGUGACCGUUCGGGGGCUGCGUCCUGACUUUACCUAUACCUUCGAGGUCACCGCCUUGAACGGGGUGUCCGCCUUAGCCAACGGGCCCGGGCCGUUUGAGGUGGUGAAUGUCACCACCGACCGUGAGGUGCCACCCCCGGUGUCCGACAUCCGGGUGACGCGGUCAUCACCCAGCAGCUUGAGCCUGGCCUGGGCUGUGCCCCGGGCCCCCAGCGGCGCGGUGCUGGACUACGAGGUCAAGUACCACGAGAAGGGCACUGAGGGCCCCAGCAGCGUGCGGUUCCUGAAGACUUCGGAAAACCGGGCCGAGCUGCGGGGGCUGAAGCGGGGGGCCAGCUACCUGGUGCAGGUGCGGGCACGCUCGGAGGCUGGGUACGGGCCUUUCGGCCAGGAGCAUCACAGCCAGACGCAGCUGGACGAGAGUGACGGCUGGCGGGAGCAGCUGGCCCUGGUGGCAGGCACAGCGGUGGUCGGGAUUGUGCUGGUGCUGGUGGUCAUUGUCAUUGCAGUUCUCUGCCUCAGGAAACAGAGCAACGGGAGAGAUGCUGAGUACUCUGACAAACAUGGCCAGUACCUCAUCGGGCACGGUGGGUCGGCCUGGCCUGUGGCAGUAGGUACUAAAGUCUACAUUGACCCCUUCACGUAUGAAGAUCCCAAUGAGGCAGUGAGGGAAUUUGCCAAAGAGAUAGACGUGUCCUACGUCAAGAUCGAGGAGGUGAUUGGUGCAGGUGAGUUUGGCGAGGUGUGCCGGGGGCGCCUCAAGGCCCCGGGGAAGAAGGAGAGCUGCGUGGCCAUCAAGACGCUCAAGGGUGGCUACACGGAGCGGCAGCGGCGCGAGUUUCUGAGUGAGGCAUCAAUCAUGGGCCAGUUUGAGCACCCUAACAUCAUCCGCCUGGAGGGCGUGGUCACUAACAGCGUGCCGGUCAUGAUCCUCACGGAAUUCAUGGAGAACGGAGCCCUGGACUCCUUCCUGCGGCUGAAUGAUGGACAGUUCACCGUCAUCCAGCUGGUGGGCAUGUUGCGCGGCAUCGCUUCGGGCAUGCGGUACCUGGCCGAGAUGAGCUACGUGCACCGAGACCUGGCGGCCCGCAACAUUCUGGUCAACAGCAACCUGGUGUGCAAGGUCUCGGACUUCGGCCUCUCGCGCUUCCUGGAGGAGAAUUCCUCAGACCCCACCUACACCAGCUCCCUGGGAGGGAAAAUCCCCAUCCGGUGGACGGCCCCCGAGGCCAUCGCCUUCCGGAAGUUCACCUCAGCCAGCGAUGCUUGGAGCUACGGGAUCGUGAUGUGGGAGGUGAUGUCCUUCGGGGAGCGGCCGUACUGGGACAUGAGCAACCAGGACGUCAUCAAUGCCAUCGAGCAAGACUACCGCCUGCCGCCGCCCCCAGACUGCCCCACCUCCCUGCACCAGCUCAUGCUGGACUGCUGGCAGAAAGACCGCAAUGCACGGCCCCGAUUCCCCCAGGUGGUCAGCGCCCUGGACAAGAUGAUCCGGAACCCGGCCAGCCUCAAAAUCGUGGCCCGGGAGAAUGGCGGGGCCUCACACCCGCUCCUGGACCAGCGGCAGCCGCACUACUCUGCCUUUGGCUCGGUGGGCGAGUGGCUGCGCGCCAUCAAGAUGGGAAGAUACGAGGAGAGCUUUGCCGCCGCAGGGUUUGGAUCCUUCGAGCUCGUCAGCCAGAUCUCUGCAGAGGACCUGCUACGGAUCGGAGUCACGCUGGCGGGACACCAGAAGAAAAUCCUGGCCAGUGUCCAGCACAUGAAGUCCCAGGCCAAGCCUGGAGCGCCAGGCGGGUCAGGCGGACCAGCCCCCCAGUACUGACCUGGCCACCCCCAGCUCUGCACAGUGGGAAAUCCCCCACCGGAGCUGAAGUUCCUCGUCUUCUGGGGCAGAGUCGGAUGAUGGGGACCCCAGAGGCCCCCGCCCCAUCCCUGCACCCCCACUGGAUUGCACUUUGAAUGUGGGGAUGGCAGUUCGGAGACACAGGGCCUGGGGACGGGACCUGGGGGGGCUGGGAGUCGCGUGUGCCCCCCGCAGGGAACCCCCACCCCACCGCACAGGGGAAGGAAGCGCCAUAACCUGCCCGCUCCCCACCGCCUCUGCCCAGGCCCCUCACCCCGAAGAGCCCGGCCCGAAGACUCUGAAGACCAAAGACAGAAGCGGGGCCACCGGGAGCCCCAAGUGGAAGGAGAGGCCCAGAGGCGGGAAGGGGCGCCCCGCCCGGCGACCAGGUCACCGGGCUGGGGGUCCCCCGCCUGCUGCCGCCCCCACCCCACUCGCGUCCUUGUAAAUGCCCCCGCCCCUCUGCCGCCUUCAUAUUGAAGGUUUUUGAGUUUUAUUUUUCGUUUCGGUCUGACUUUGCCUUCCUGCCUCCCCUGGCCCCUUUCUCCUCUCCCGCCCACCCCUGUCAGAACGUUCGUGCUUGGGGGGGCCCCGUUUCACCAUCACCGCCUCUGCCCAGGCUGAAACAGGGACCCGUCCUUGUGUCCGUGCCCCCAACAGUGCCUUGGUCACCCCCAGCCCCACGUCCCUGCGCCCCGAGUCCCCCCAAGCUGUGUCCACGAGGGGGUGAGGGGUGAGUUGCUGGUGGAGGAGCCUGAGACAGACGCUGGUGCUUGGAGGGCCCCUUAAAUUAUAUUUAAAAGUCUUUUUUUGUAUAAAUAAAGGAAAAUGGGAAGUG